CAUGAUCCAGGGCAGUCCAGAAUCUUCCGGUCAGGCAAAAUGGUUACAGUGGUGUCUGUCCUGCUGUCCCUGCUACUCCUUCUGGGUCCUGCAGUCCCUCAGGAGACCCAAGCUGGGCCUUACUCUCUGAGCUUCUUCUACACUGGGCUGUCCAAGCCCAGGGACGGCUUCCUCAGCUUCCAGGCCACGGCCUACCUCAAUGACCAGGAUUUCUUUCACUAUGACAGUGAAGAUAGGAAGGCCAUACCCUCGUACCCCUGGAGCCAGAUGGAAGGAAUAGAGGACUGGGAGAACGAGAGUGAACUUCAGAAGGCCAGGGAGGACAUCUUCAUGGUGACCCUGAAGGACAUCAUGGACUAUUACAAGGAUACAGAAGGGGCUCACACCUUUCAGGGAAUGUUUGGCUGUGAGCUCCGGAAUAACAAAAGCAGUGGAGCAUUCUGGAGGUACGCCUACGAUGGAAGGAACUUCAUCGAGUUCAACAAAGAAAUCCCAGCCUGGGUCCCCCAGGACCCAGCCGCUCUGAACACCAAGCAGAAGUGGGAGGCGGAAAAGGUCUACGUGCUGCGGGCCAAGGCCUAUCUGGAGGAGGAGUGCCCAGCGAUGCUGCGGAGUUACCUGCAGUUCAGCAAGAUCCACCUGGACCGACAAGAUCCCCCCACCGUGUCCAUCACCAGCCACUGGACCCCAGCAGAAACUCAGACACUCAAGUGCCGAGCCGAUGGCUUCUACCCACGAGAAAUUGAGCUGCACUGGAUUCAGGGGGACGAUACACAGGAGGCUGAGGGGGGAGACGUUGUUCCCAGCGGAAACAGCACUUACCAGUCCUGGGUGGUGAUGUCAGUUUCCCCGCAGGACAGAGCCUCCCGCUCCGGCUCUGGCUCCUACUCCUGCCGGGUGAAGCACAGCAGCCUGGCCCAGCCCCUCACUGUGCUGUGGGCGGGAGCGAGGGCUGAAGGCUCCGAGGGCACCCGGGGGCAGUAG